CCUGAAUCAGAAAGAGCUUAAACCCUAUCUCUUUUUCUCUCUCAAAACCUCUUUCAGAUUACCCACAUAUACCCUUCAGCCCUUCCUCUAAUUUCAUAUAAUGCCAUCCACGCUUUCCCCAUUUCACCCCAUUCUUAGACCCUUUUUCACUGGGUUCUUCCCUCACAAAUUGAACCACCAUUUUCUCGGGGCCCGGGAUUUGCAGAGGAGGCUGAUUUUAACCCCACUUCAGGCCUCUAGUGCUGUCCCCUUCGGCACAACCAAGUUUUCAACCCGUUCCGGCGGGGAAAGAAUGGGUUCGGGCUUCGGGCAGGGUCGCCGUGCCGGGUCAUCUAAGAGUUUGAUUGAGGAUGAGGCUGAGUUAAGUGACUGGGUUAGUGGGUUGAAUUCUAGUUCGUUCAAGAAAACUCGGAUGUAUAGUGAUAGUGAGAAUGAUGAGGAUGGUGCGGGAAAUGGGGGAUUUAGGGGUACGGAGAGGGCCGGGAAGAGAAGAAGGGAUGCUGAUUUUGAUAAAAAUUUUGACUUUGCAAGUAGGAGAGGGGAUAGGAACCGCAGCUCCACUGAUUUAGCUAACAGGCGGGAAGGGCGCUCCAGGCCGGUUGAGUCAUUUGCAGGGAGGAGGAAGAAUGCGGAUGAUUCUAAUAUUAGUUCAUUUGGUGGGAGAGAUAGGGGCCGUGAUUUGAGUGAAUUUAGUAGAGGUAGGAAGUUGGGACGUCUGUCUGAGGAGGAGGGAGAGAGUAAGAAUCGUUUUUUGAGGAGGGGCAAUGAGGGCAGGAGAGAAAAGCGGCUGACUAAGAGAGGUUCUGAAAUGCAAUAUGGAACUGGGAGGAAUAGAGGUGGUGAUGAAGGUGGUUUCGCAAUUAAACGGGAAAGGAAAGGGACGGGAAAAAGAGGGUUUGUUGUCACAGAUGAUGAGGAUAUGGAGGAGGAGGAAAAAGAUAAGGGUUAUAUGAAUUUUAAGGGGUUGAUUGAUAGUGAUGAAGAAGAUGAAGAUGAAGAUGAGGAGGAGGAAGAGGAAGCAGCUGAUGGGCUAUUUGAGAAAGGAAGUUCUUUUUCCCUAUCACCUCAAAGUGCAUCCGGAAAAACUGAUUCUUACCUUAGUGAAAGCAGGUUUGAUCAAUGUCCAAUAUCACCAUUAUCACUUAAAGCAAUCAAAGAUGCAGGAUAUGAGAAGAUGACUUUGGUGCAGGAGGCAACACUCCCUGUGAUUCUGAAAGGUAAGGAUGUGCUGGCCAAGGCAAAAACUGGCACGGGAAAAACAGUAGCAUUUUUGCUUCCGGCAAUUGAACUCAUAGCAAAAUCUCCCCCAGUUGUGCGUGAUCAAAAACGACCUCCGAUACUUGUGCUGGUUAUAUGCCCAACUCGUGAGCUUGCUAGUCAAGCUGCUGCAGAGGCCAACACCCUGUUGAAGUAUCAUCCUUCAAUUGGUGUUCAAGUCGUCAUAGGAGGUACCCGGUUAGCUCUGGAACAAAAACGAAUGCAAGCCAAUCCGUGCCAAAUACUUGUGGCUACACCUGGAAGGCUUAGGGAUCAUAUAGAGAAUACAUCUGGAUUUGCCACUCGGCUGAUGGGAGUUAAAGUCUUGGUCCUGGAUGAAGCUGAUCAUUUAUUGGACAUGGGAUUCCGGAAGGAGAUAGAGAAAAUAAUCGCCGCUGUUCCGAAACAGCGCCAGACACUUCUGUUCUCUGCGACCGUUCCACAAGAGGUUCGCCAAGUUUGUCAUAUUGCAUUGAAAAGAGACCAUGAAUUCAUAAACACAGUACAAGAAGGAAGCGAAGAUACACAUGCACAGGUCAGGCAAAUGCAUCUAGUUGCUCCUUUGGACAAACACUUUUCUCUUCUUUAUACUCUACUGAAGGAGCAUAUUGCAGAUGAUGUUAACUAUAAGAUUCUUGUUUUCUGCACAACUGCAAUGGUAACAAGGCUUGUCGCGGAGCUUCUAAGUGAGCUUAACUUGAAUGUCCGGGAGAUUCAUUCUCGAAAGCCUCAAGGUUACAGAACCAGAAUAUCGGAUGAAUUUCGGAAGUCAAAAGGUCUUAUUCUUGUGACAUCUGAUGUCUCUGCUCGUGGGGUAGAUUAUCCAGAUGUGACUCUUGUUAUACAGAUUGGCGUCCCAGCUGAUAGACAGCAGUAUAUACAUCGACUUGGUCGAACUGGACGAAAAGGAAAAGAAGGGCAAGGCAUUUUGUUGUUGGCAACUUGGGAAGAGUUCUUUUUGUCUAGUAUCAGGGACUUACCGAUAUCAAAGGCACCUGAACCAUUGGUUGAUCCAGAGACCACUAAAAAGGUUGAACGGGCACUGGCCCAUGUAGAGAUGAAGAACAAGGAAGCCGCUUACCAGGCAUGGCUUGGUUACUACAACUCUAAUAAAAAUGUCGGGCGAGACAAAUAUAGGCUUGUAGAGCUUGCAAAUGAGUUUAGUCGUAGCAUGGGUCUUGACAACCCUCCAGCCAUUGCAAAGUUGGUCCUUGGCAAAAUGGGCCUGAAGAAUAUACCUGGAUUGAGGUCUAAGUAGAUAUCAAGACAAAAUUUCAUGUCAGCUUGUAAGUUUUAUCAAUUGCUAUUGUGAGGAGACUUGCCACUGCUCAGUUCUUCGUUAAUUAUUGUGGCAAAAGUUUUGUACUCUGGUAAAAUCCCAUAGGUUUUGGUAGAUGUAAAUCCACACCAAGGUUUAAUAUCAGCAGGCAUUAAUUUGUUCUUCUAGAAAUUAUUCUCA